AUUUUCAUUGAUUGAACAUCACUAACCCAUACCAUGAUGCAAUUUGAUGUUCCCUAUUAGGGCGGCUACCAUCAUUAUUCUUGUUAGAAUGUGACUCUCUCAACUUGUUUACUGUCUCAGUGCUGAGAAAUAGUAAUUUUGAUCCAUUAGCCAACUAGACUUGUAUGCUACAUUUACAGGAAGAAGCAUAAUGAUAAUGAUAACCAUUAGUUAAUUGUUGACUUAACUACUAUCUGUUUUCCACUUUCUCUUCUUUUCUUGUGACAAAGUGGUGAAAGUUCUGAGAUGAUUGCUUACUGGUUGGUAAAACUUUUAUAGCUCUAAAAAAAGUGUGGUGAGAGUUUAAUUCAAAGUUGCUCUUAAUUGGACAAGACACAUGCAGAUCAUGGCUACUAGAAUUCUUUCCUCUCUACAUCAUGUCUCUUCUUCUGCUUCAGCUGCUAAACGUUGUUUAGGUCUAUAUUGUCUCUGGCAUAGAAGUAUCAGUGGAUUUGGUGCUUCUGCUGCUGUUGAUGUAGAUCCUAGUAUACCACCUGUGCAAAUAGAUCAUAGUCAGCUUCUGAUUAAUGGACAAUUUGUUGAUGCAGCUUCUGGAAAAACUUUUCCAACUUAUGAUCCUAGAACAGGUGAUAUAAUUGCCAAUGUUGCUGAAGGUGACAGAGAAGAUGUAAAUCGUGCUGUCCACGCAGCUCGGAAGGCUUUUGAUGAGGGACCAUGGCCUAAAAUGACAGCUUAUGAAAGAUCGCGUGUAAUGUUGCGCUUUGCUGAUUUAUUGGAAAAGCACAAUGAUGAAGUUGCAGCAAUUGAAACUUGGGACAAUGGGAAGACUUAUGAACAGGCUGCAAAUGUUGAAAUACCUAUGGUUGUACGGGUGUUUCGGUAUUAUGCAGGUUGGGCAGAUAAAAUUCAUGGUCUAACAGUUCCAGGUGAUGGACCGCACCAUAUCCAAACCUUGCAUGAGCCCAUUGGUGUAGCAGGGCAAAUUGUUCCUUGGAAUUUCCCACUUCUUAUUUAUUCAUGGAAGGUUGCACCUGCAUUAUCAUGUGGUAACACAGUUGUGUUGAAAACUGCAGAACAAACACCUCUUUCUGCUCUUUAUGUGUCAAAGCUAUUUCUUGAGGCAGGACUUCCUCCAGGUGUUCUAAACAUUAUCUCUGGUUUUGGUCCUAGUGCUGGUGCAGCUCUAUGUAGUCAUAUGGAUGUUGACAAGCUUGCUUUCACAGGAUCCACUAGCACUGGCAAGAUUGUACUAGGACUGUCUGCACAAAGCAAUCUGAAGCCAGUAACUCUGGAGUUGGGUGGAAAAUCUCCUUUCAUUGUGUGCAAGGAUGCUGAUGUUGAUGCCGCGGUUGAGACGGCACACUCUGCCAUAUUCUUUAAUCAGGGUCAAUGUUGUUGUGCUGGUUCUCGCACAUUUGUUCAUGAAAGCAUAUAUGAUGAAUUUGUGGAAAAGGCUAAGGCCCGUGCUCUUAAACGUGUAGUUGGAGACCCUUUCAAAAAUGGAGUUGAGCAAGGUCCUCAGAUUGAUUCUGUGCAAUUUGAGAAGAUCCUGAAUUACAUUAGAUCAGGAGUUGAAAGUGGUGCUACACUUGAAUCUGGUGGUCAAAGAAUUGGCUCCAAAGGCUACUACAUCCAACCAACAGUUUUCUCAAAUGUUCAGGACAACAUGUCGAUAGCAAAAGAUGAGAUCUUUGGUCCAGUACAAUCUAUACUAAAGUUCAAGGAUCUAGAGGAGGUAAUAAGAAGGGCCAAUGCAACUUCCUAUGGUCUGGCUGCGGGAGUUUUUACUAAGAAUUUGGAAUCUGCUAACACCUUGAUGCACGCAUUGCGAGUUGGAACAGUGUGGAUCAACUGCUAUGAUGUCCUUGAUGCAACAAUUCCUUUUGGUGGAUAUAAGAUGAGUGGGCAAGGUAGAGUAAAGGGAAUGCACAGCCUUAGUAGCUACCUUCAAGUUAAAGCUGUUGUGACUGCUAUGAAGAAUCCAGCAUGGUUGUAGUUUUUCAAUACCCAAGUGUUCAUUUUCAGUGUCAUUCUUAUAUGCAAAAGAACUAGCAUCUAUCUUUGAAGUCCCACCGGUUAGGGACAUCAUUGAAGCAUUGAAAUUAGCCCAUUAAUGAACAACUAAUAUCAUGUUUGCCAAGAAGGAGAACUACUACUUUCCACAGA